AUGUUUGAGGAGCCAAAAGUGAACCUUAAUUCACGUUGUUAUAUAGACUUGAUUGACUGGCAACAAAAUAUAUACGAACCGCCAAUACUAAAGAAUAUUUCUGAUGAGCAGUUGCAAGAUCUCAUUGAAAAUGGAGAAGAUGCAGUUUUGGAGUUUAUGAGACUGCCUUGCCACACAAGAAGCAGCUCUAAGUGUAUGCGAAAAGAAAAGAAGAGAGGGAUUCAUAAAAAUCUAAAUUAG